CCCUCUCCUUCGAGAAAAAUCCUAGACGCCGCCUCUCCCUCCUCACUCUCUCAUCUGAUCACACACACGCAUACACUCUGUCCUCACACUCACUUACCAUCACACUCACACAAAGAGGAAGGCUCACCCACUCACAUUUUGAACACACAUAACUGAAACGAAAGCUGGGAAAAUCCAAAUGAAGAUCUGAAAAUCACAAAAGCUCGAAAAACAAAAGAAAACUAGGAUUUCGAAGAAGAUUUGGGGAGUAAUUGAUUGCUGAAUUUUUGAACUCUUCCCUGGAUCUAUAAAAGGCUGUUGAAUCUCGAAUUUAUGGCUGUUUGUUGCGGUUCUGUACUGGAAUUUGUUCCUUUUGCUUUGUUUGGCUAAGAGCUGAGCUCCUAAUUCUAGUUACUGCUUCUCCUUCAAAGUCAGAGAUCCAUUUUCUCCCAUUUGUUUGUUGUGGCCAGUGACCAUAGUUUAGGCGAAAAUGGAUGAAGAAAUUAAUGCUACAAAAAGCAUGAGGAGUUUGCAAAUUACUCUUCUUGAUGAGGAAGAUGAAAUUGAUGAUAGUGGAGAAGUUAAUUCAUAUGAUGAUGAUGAUGAGGAGGAGGAUGAAGAGAAAGAACCUGUGGGAUUAGGGGUUCUUGAAAUGCCCGAGAAUUCAUGGUCACUGCGACGUGAGCUAUUUCCAAGCAAAGCUGGGGGUAUUCCUGCUUGGUUGGAUCCAGUUAACUUGCCAACAGGGAGAUCAUGUCUUUGCGAUUUCUGUGGCGAGCCUUUGCAGUUCAUGCUUCAGGUUUAUGCACCACUCACUGAGAAGGAUUCUACUUUUCAUCGCACCUUAUUUCUCUUCAUGUGCACAUCAAUGGCCUGUCUCCUUAAAGACCAACACGAGCAGUGGAAAAGGAACCAAGUCAAGCCAUCCAGGAGUGUCAAGGUCUUCCGUUGCCAAUUGCCCCGUAAUAACUCUUUUUACUCCAGUGAGCCCCCAAGAAACAAUGGGAAAGAUAAACCUUCUAGAGCUGGAGCUGUUCUUUGUGGUUGGUGUGGUACCUGGAAAGGAGAUAAAGUUUGUGGUGGUUGCAGAAGAGCACAUUACUGCUCUGAAAAACACCAGGCCGUUCAUUGGAAAUCAGGUCAUAAAAGACGCUGUUUACCAUUGGAAGCAUCUGAAUCUAGCAAUAAUUGGACUGUUGGGGAGAUGCAAGAAGUUCAUGGAGAUUUUAAUCCUCAAUCAGUUGCAAGCAAGAGUCUGUGGCCUGAGUAUGAGAUUGCAAUUACUGAUGAAUGUGAGGAUAAGAUCUUCGAUGAUAACGGACAACUGAACUCAUUGAUUUCUUCAAGCCGAGUGGAUGAAUCAAUUGAAUCACUUAUAGACAGCUUUGAGGGGGAAGAUGACAAGAAGAGUUGGGCAUCUUUCCAGGAGAGGAUAUCCCGUACGCCUGAGCAAGUAUUAAGGUAUUACAGAGACGCUGGAGCAAAACCAUUAUGGCCAAUGUCAAGUGGCCAGCCAUCAAAGGCUGAGAUUCCUAAAUGCAGCUAUUGUGGUGGUCGUAGGGUAUUUGAGUUUCAGGUUUUACCACAAAUACUCUAUUAUUUUGGUGUGGAAAAUGAUGUUAGUUCUCUUGACUGGGCUGCUAUUGCUGUUUACGCCUGUGAAGCCUCGUGUGAUGGAAGUGUGGCUUACAAAGAGGAGUUUGUUUGGGUUCAAAUUGCAUCUCAAUCAAGUACAACGCACAGAUAAAGGCAUUGUUAUAUGUUUUCUUCUCUUUAUAACCGAAAAAUCUCCAAGGACUAGGCUCAUGGUUUGAGACUCGAUGGACAUAGGAGCCGCUCCUUUAUCUUUCUCCACUUACAUUCCAUACUUUUGGUUCGCGGCAAGAUUCGGAGUCGUGACACGAGCCUAACCUACAGGUGUUGAGCUAAAAUUUUGUUUUCCUUAAAUCCUUGUAAAUUUGCAGACAUUUUGCUUUUCUGAACGGCGUGUUGUGAUGGAACUUUUAUCAUCAAUCAAGGGUGUUCAGCGUGAUAUUGAAUUUUA